AUGGAGGGGAUGAAUGGAAAGUCCAUGGAUGGCCGUCAAAUUCGAGUUGGAAGAGGAUUCUUCCGUGGAGGCCGAGACCGUGGUGGUGGUGAUCGUGGUUUUGGAAGCAGCUGGUUUGAUAACAGGAGUGGUGGCUAUGGUGGUGGAUCCCAAGAAUAUUAUGGCAGUGGCAGGAGUCCAGGAAGUUAUGGGGAUCGCUCCUACAGAGAUGGUUAUGACAGCUAUGCCUCACAUGAGUAA